AGCUACAACACCCACGACUACAAGCAGCUAUGAAGAAGUUCUUCAAGAGGGACAAGGAAGACGCAGACCGCAAUGCCCUCUUCGGCAAUGCAGCAAGUUCCAGCAGCAAAACAGCAACAGCAGCAGCAAGCGCAAAACACAAUGAAGCAAGCGCAGACCCUCGCGCAUCCAUGACCUCCACACGCACUCAACUUCCGCCCUACAACGCUGACCCAUACGCGCAAGAUCCCUAUGCUGCGUCCGUACGUGGUGGUAGCACUGGUCGGGCGUCUGCGCCCAUGGACCCGUAUGCGACAGGCGCAAGUCGGCCUGAUCCCUAUGCGUCAUCGGGUCGUGGCGGGGCAGAUCCCUAUGCCAGUCGCCCUGAAGCAUCUAGUCGACAGUCUCAAAGUACACUAGCACAGCGUGACGAACUCUUUCGUGGUGCGCAGCAAGAUCGACGAACACAAGCGCCCACCAACAACUACAACUCUUCAGAAACACCCGACAACUAUGGCACUGCGGUUGAGGGUGAUAUGGAGCAAAACUCUGAUGAUGACGUUGAAGCAGUGAAGCAAGAACUUCGCUUCGUAAAGCAAGAAUCUCUCUCCUCCACGCGAAAUGCCCUGAGAAUGGCGCAUCAAGCUGAAGAAUCCGGUCGUAGUACACUCACGAUGCUUGGCCAACAAUCAGAGAGUUUGGCGAGUGCAGAGCAAGAUUUGGAUUUGACAAAACUCGCGAAUCGUGAUGCACAAGUCAAAGCGCGCGAGUUGAAGCAUCUCAAUCGGUCCAUGUUUGCCGUCAAGGUGGACAAACCCUGGGGCAAGCAUAAACGGAUCGAAGCAGAUGAACAACGUGUGCGGCAGCAGUUUGAGGAUGACAAAUUUGAGCGAGAUACGAGGGAGGCUGUCAGGCGCGAAGGUGAGCGUCGUAUGGAUACGAACCUCAAAAAUCAUGAAGCAGCCAUGGCAAAGGGCAAUGCGCGACGUCGAGCAGGUCUUGCGGAACGCUCUAAAUAUCAAUUUGAGGCAGAUGAAGAAGAUGAUGAGAUUGAGGGGGAAAUUGAUGACAAUUUGGAUGAUUUGGCAGGUGUCACUGGACGUCUCAGGUCACUGGCCAUGGCUACAAAUGAGGAACUCACGCGACAGAAUACGCAGCUCUCGCGACUCGAUGACAAAGGGUCGCGUUUGCAAACCGAUAUCCACCUCAAUACACACCGACUCAAGCGUAUUGGCGAAAUGUAGCGUGCUGUACAGUAGUCUUUCUAUUCAUCAUUGACUGGCUGCCCUUCUUCAAUCAUCUUGACGAAUGUCACCCGUAAUUCAGUGAGUGCAUCGCCACGCAAGACAUCGCUGAUGAAGGCUGUCUCGACCUGGAUUUGUAUCAUCUCAAGCGCACCAC